GCUGGGGAGGAGGGGGAAGGCGGCAGGCGCCCGCGGUUGCCUCUCGGGCCCUCAUUGCUGGCGGUCCUAGCAGCAGGCAGCAUGUUCACCAAGGAGCCCCCCAGCUCCACCCUCCGCCGGCUCCCUCUGCUGCUACUGCUGCUGCAGGCUGUGGGCAGGGGGCUGAGCCGCGCCAGUCCUGCCGGGGCUCCCCUGGAAGAUGUGGUCAUUGAGCGGUACCACAUCCCCAGAGCCUGUCCCCGGGAGGUGCAGAUGGGGGACUUUGUGCGCUACCAUUACAACGGCACCUUUGAGGAUGGCAAGAAGUUUGACUCGAGCUAUGACCGCAACACCUUGGUGGCCAUCGUGGUGGGUGUGGGACGCCUCAUCACUGGCAUGGACCGAGGCCUCAUGGGCAUGUGUGUCAAUGAGCGGCGCCGCCUCAUCGUGCCUCCCCACCUGGGCUAUGGCAGCAUCGGUGUCGCGGGGCUCAUCCCCCCGGAUGCCACCCUCUAUUUCGACGUGGUCCUGCUGGACGUGUGGAAUAAGGCCGACACAGUGCAGGUGAGCAUCUUGCUGCGCCCGCCCCACUGCCCCCGCAUGGUGCGGGACAGCGACUUUGUUCGAUAUCACUACAACGGCACACUACUGGACGGCACAGCCUUCGACAACAGCUACAGCAGGGGCGGCACUUACGACACCUACAUUGGCUCUGGUUGGCUGAUCAAGGGCAUGGACCAGGGGCUACUGGGCAUGUGUCCUGGAGAGAGGAGAGAGAUCAUCAUCCCUCCGUUCUUGGCCUAUGGAGAGAAAGGCUAUGGGACCGUGAUCCCUCCGCAGGCCUCACUGGUCUUCCAUGUGUUCCUGGUCGACGUGCACAACCCCAAAGACAGUGUGCAGACGGAGACGUUGGAGCUGCCCCCGGGCUGCUCGCGCCGAGCUAUGGUGGGCGACUUCAUGCGCUACCAUUAUAACGGCUCACUGAUGGAUGGCACCCUCUUUGACUCCAGCUAUUCCCGCAACCAAACCUACAACACCUACAUCGGGCAGGGCUACAUCAUUCCCGGGAUGGACCAGGGGCUGCAGGGCGCCUGCAUCGGGGAGCGCCGCAGGGUCACCAUCCCCCCACAUCUUGCCUACGGAGAGAAUGGAACUGGGGACAAGAUCCCUGGCUCUGCUGUGCUCAUCUUCGACGUCCACAUCAUCGAUUUCCACAACCCUGCCGACCCAGUGGAAAUCCAGACCCUGUCCCGGCCACCCGAGGCCUGCAAUGAGACAGAGGCCGCCAAGCUGGGGGACUUUGUCCGCUACCACUACAACUGCUCACUGCUGGAUGGCACCCAUCUCUUCUCCUCCCACGACCAUGGAGCCCCCCAGGAGGCCACUCUGGGGGCCAACAAGGUGAUUGAAGGCCUGGACCGGGGCCUGCAGGGCAUGUGUGUGGGAGAGAGGCGGCAGCUGGUUAUACCCCCCCACCUGGCGCAUGGCGAGAGUGGAGCACGAGGCGUCCCUGGCAGUGCUGUGCUACGCUUUGAGGUAGAGCUGGUGUCCCGGGAAGACGGGCUGCCCACUGGCUACCUCUUUGUGUGGCAUGAGGAUCCUCCUGCCAACCUCUUUGAAAACAUGGACCUCAAUAAGGAUGGCGAGGUCCCUCUAGAGGAGUUCUCCACCUUCAUCAAGGCUCAAGUGAAUGAGGGCAAGGGCCGGCUCCUGCCAGGGCAAGACCCCGAGAAGACCAUUGGGGACAUGUUCCAGAACCAGGACCGCAACCAGGAUGGCAAAGUCACGGCUGAUGAGCUCAAGCUGAAGUCAGAUGAAGACCAGGAGCGGGUGCAUGAGGAGCUCUGAGGGGUGGGAGCCUCAGACACAGUAGGCCCUGCCGGGGCAACAGUGCCCAUG